AUGGAAACGCAAUUCAAUUGGUUCCAACCCAUGGCCAACGAGCCUCUACCUCAAAGACCCGAUCUAGCGCCCCCGCCUGUGUCAUUUGGCUUCAACUCAACCACUACAUCGCCCAAGGCGUCGGACAAUAGGGGUAUUUCAGGCAAUUCGUCUACUGGCAAUCUAUCCCUAUUGCUGGACGAACACCAGGGGAUUUCUCUUUCGCUCACAGCGAAAGAUUUGACGCUUCAAGAGCUGAAGACUUAUAUGAGAUGGUAUCUGGAUAUCUUAGCAAGGACGAACCUGCGGACGAUUACCCUCAACGAUGUGUAUCAGUUUCUCAGCAAUUUCAAGAUUAGUCAUGCAAUCAAAGAGGCCAUCAAUCGUAUAUUCUACAAAAUCACACAUCUGAUCAACAUUGGGGAGUUCUUUGCCCUUCUUCGUGUCAUCUCCCAUUCGCUACAGGGACAAAGCCCGUCCAGAGCAUUGAUUAGAGUUCAGACUGCUGUUCCAGUUCCUCCGUCUAUUCUAUGGAAGAAACGUCAGAAGGACGACAAUGACUCCGAAGAUGACGUGCCGGUACAACAUGAACCUCAGGUCCAGGAAUCUAAUGAUCCAUUGGAUAUUGAUCUGUUCACCCAAUUCAUGCUAACAGGUCAGAGACCAGGCGACAAACCACAAAAGAAGAAGAGACUGAAGAAGCUCAAGACUGUAAAGUUCUCCGAUGAAGUGGAGACUAACUAUACAGAGGAGUAUGUUCCCUCGCCAGCACCCCAGAAUCCUGGAGAACUUGACUACUCACUAUCUAUGGAUCAACUAUUGUCUCGCAUGAACUCGAACAAAUCUUCCAACAACCUCGCGGUUCCGGAAACAAGCAAUAGGCCACUUUCAUCGCCAGACCCCGAAGAGAAACAAAUUCUUCAAGAUAUGGAGCCACAAAUGAAUCAUUUCCAGAAUCUACAUUCCGUUGAUACUAUCCUGGUUGAUGGUGUGCCCUCCAACAUCCAUUUACAGGCAAAUUCAGACUUCUGUCUGCCACGAAACAUGCUGCCGCAACCGCCCCUACUUAAACCGAAUAUGACCGGACCUGCCCAGAUGGCACAAAUGGGAUUCUACAAUGGAGUCAAACUUGGUGACGCAGACUACAAGUACAAUGACCCUACCCUUGAGGGGGCGCAAAGAAUGGCCCGAUUAUUUGCUCCUGAUCAGGAUCAGACUCCGAAAGUGUCUCUCGAAUCAUUCACAUCUCAGAUGACAGGAAAUCAACCCCAAAAUAUGAAUUCUCCAACUGUAACAAGGAUGCGUUCCAUGUCUCAACCAAGUCCAAUGCAUUUCAGUCCUCCUGCAAGUGAGCAUACGGGCAGAUUUUUAUCGCCAGACCCAAUUAGCACCGGUGCUCGUACUGGUGAAUUUAGAUCAGCCUCCCUGUCUCCAGCCCCUCCAGUUCCUCCGAGAGCUUCCCCAAGUUUGCAAGGCAGGCCUGUUCCUCCACCUCCCAGAUCAAGAAAAACUUCUCUUUCUACGCUUCAGCAAGUUCCACCUCCACUACCUGCCAAGAUUCCUAACGAUGAAUUCUAUCAAAACUCAGAAAACUCAAGUACAACCAAUAUUUUAGAUGACUUGAAAGCUUUACAAGAAGAAGUCGAUAAAAUUCGUGAUCUAACAGGAGGCUUUUAA